AUGCCGAGACCGCGGAUACGCCGCCCCAGCAGCCUCACGGCGGGGAGCCAGAGCCCCGGCCGGCAGGAGGGAGGCCACCGCCCGCCUUCCACCUCCGCCCAGGCACGGGAACCAGCACGCAGCCCGGAAAGCGCCGGGCAGGGCAGCGGGACGCUGUGGGCUGGCCCCGCAGCGGGUACUACCGGGGCUCCCAGCCGCACCGCCCGGCCCUGCAGGCAUGGACCCUGCGGCCAGGCGCAGGAGCCGGCGGCUGCCACACCGCCGCCCCAGCACCGGGGUCCUGGCGGCGGGAGGGCGUGGUGGGGGCAGCGGCAUACCCCCCCCCCGCCCUGCACAGACAGACGGGCAGAUGGACGGACUCACCUCUCUCCCGCAGCCAUCCCAUGCCGUUGCCGGCACCGACCCGACCCUCCGCCGCCGCGCCACUCCCGGACACCUUCCCCGGCGGCGGCCGCCGUCGCUGCUGCCGCCGCCGCUUUCCGCUUCCUGUGCCCGGCACCGCCCCGCAUUCCUCCCUCCGCCGCUGGAGCCACUGGCGAAGCUUCCCUGGCCGGGGAGCGGUUCCCCUCGCUCUUACUGAGACUCUGGCCGUAA